AUGGUGAUCAAAGUGUACAUAGCAUCGUCCUCUGGAUCCACUUCGGUAAGAGACUUCAUAAAUGUUGUUCUUAAUGUGUGAGGAUUUAACUACACAUAUGUGCAGCAUCCAGCGGUGUAAGGCAGGACAAAGCAGCUGAACUUUUAUUGAACUCACUUUCUGAUGUCCAUCUGGCUGUCAUCCUCAGUCUGGAGUGGUCUGACUCAUCAGUAAGCAUGCAGCUCUGCCCUCCCCAAGACGCUGGGCACAGAUGGGGUCUCUUAAUGCAUUUUACUCCCUCUGUCUUUAUGGUCUCUUACACUUAGAGAAUGAGGCAGAGAGGAAGUUUGGGGCUGAGUAGGGCACACGUCUCUCAGCUGUGGUUUGUCACUGUUUCCUAUAGUUACAGUUGUUUGUUUGUUCAGCUAAAACAGGGCUAAAAACAGGAAAUGCAGACUGUAAAAAUACAUCUUUUUUUCUUAAGUGCUCCAUUUUGUUAUCUGAUGUCAGGGCAUGCUAGGUCACAGUGUGCAUGAUAGAUAGGAGGAGAAAUCUGACUUUCAAGUGAAAGUAAUUAGUGUUGCAUUCACAACUCUGCAGCCAGUGAGGACCUCCAGCUUCACUUUCUCAGUCUGCUUUCAGACAGGAGAGGAAUGAUGGUGAUGCAAUUCUCCAGGGCCCCUUAUUGGACCUGCAGCUGCAGCCCAGGAACACUUAGGCUCUGUUCAGGACUUGUUGGAGCUCUCGAUCAGAAGGAAAAUUAAACUUUGCACAAUAACUGUGCUCUAAGUCUGAGACUGCUGCAAUAAAAUUUUCUUUUCUUAAUGAUACCACAAGAUUCUCAGCAUACUCAGAGAUGCAAAUUACUGCAAGCACUAAGCUGGGUAUCUGAGGGUCUAGAUUUUUAAUCCGAAACUCUGAAAUGCAGUGCACAGCAAGAAAAGUCAUUAAAGAAGUCAUAUUCCCUUGUGUCAGAAGAAACCAUAGUCCCCUAUAACACAGCCAGGAUGAUAUACCCUCUUUGAGCAGCUCACAAACAGAGGUAGUGACCAUGCACAGAGCCCCUCUUCAGUCUGACAGCAUGAGUGACUUUAUUGACCUCACAGUAGAUGACAUUCACAAAAGCUCUGCAUUGGUCUUACAGGACGGGAGCUUCCUGUAAAGUCAGAGCAGACAGAGCUUAGUGCAAAUGAUUCCAUCACUAGGCUGGAUCCCGCCUGGGAAAAUGCAUUCCCACUUAUUGAUCUGUCUUUUGUAGAGUCUGCUAGUACAAGCAUCAGGCUUUUGCCCUCCUAAAGGCUGCACAGUCGAAUUCACACUGUAAUCUCUCUUGUGUUUUUUUUUUCUUUGUCAUAAAAGCAACAGUGUAAACUUCUGAAGUAAGGUGAUAUUAAAGUAUUAUGUAAGCUUUAUCUCAAUCCACUCUGCUAUAGCAGCUUAUGCUUUGACCUGGAUACUCAGAAUGCAGUCCCAUUAUAAGCUUACAGGAACCACAGGACUCAAUAUGUAGUGUUAAUGUUAUAAUCUGUCUCCAUGUACCAACUGUAUAAAGGGAACAUAUGAAAGGAGAUAUUCACAUAAGCAGAAAGCUGUCAAGUGAAAACUUGUAAGAAAAAGUCCUCUGCCCUGCAGCUUGCAGUGUGAUUGCAUCAGUGACCACAAAACAAUGUGAUCUCAUUCCACUAUCCAGCAGUGUCAAACUAAUCACUCUAAUCUAGUUCAGUAUGCAAACUGAGCUGCAGCCAAAACAGGGAGACAACUAAGUAAGAGUUGUCUUUUUUCAAUUACAGAACUCAGAGCUUACUCCUCUGAGAAAGUAUUGGCAAGUCGGUGAUGAAGAGACAGACAGUGGAAAAUGAGUCCGGGGGGUUUAUCAGAUUAAGCUCUGCAGCUACAUCAGCAAGCGCUGUUGUUUGCGCACGUAAAUGUCUGGUGUGUGGGCAUAUUUUAAGCUCCAAAUGUAGAAUCUGAUCCAAGGGAAAGCAAAAUGUUAUUUAGAUUUGAUAUAUUUAGUUUGAUCUUGAUGUCUUCCCUGGUUUAAUGGACUGAACUCUUUUUUUGUCUGAAAUAAAGCAACAACUGUUUUUUAAAAGUGCAUGCUAGUGUGUACAGUAUUUUGCACUGGGGCCAGUUGGAGGGAAGUACAGUAUGGAAAUGAGUGAUAAUAAAGACCAGAGGUGAUCUGCAUCAACAAGACUCUUCCUCCAUUUAUCACAUUUGCAUGAACAGUAAAAAGUAGAUUAAUUUGUGUGUGCCUGAAGGAAGGCUGUUGAACUGUUAAUCAAAUGUAAAUUUGAUCAAACUAUAUCUAGAAGUGUAAAAUUAAGAACAAAGUCUUUUUUUUAAAUCAAAACAUCUGUGAUGAAAAUUAUCCUCUCUAAAGAAAAAUUGUGUCCAUCCUGCUCACUGCCACAGUCACUUCAGGUUACGGUCCCUGAGCAAAGCCCUGAUUGCUAGCUUAGUCACACCCUGACCCCUGACCUGUGCUGAGUUCCUUGUGGAGGCUGGCAUCUGUGUUAACUGACUGAGAGCUGACAUCAUCUUAUUUCCAUCCAGUAAUGAGAAGCAGAGUGUUUGAGUCACCUGAAGAAAUGGUGUUGUGACUCGCUGUUAAUCCUCCAGAGAGACUUCUAGUGUUACCAGCAGUGGCUUUGUAAAGAUUAGGUCAUACCAUGUAUUUACCUACAUCCUCAUGCUAACCUUAGUUGGGAGGAGACCAUCCAAUGGUAUUGCACAUACAUUCUGGAGAGAAGAGUACCACUUUACUUUUUAUCUGGUGCUUGAAGUUGCAUUGAGACAAACUUUAACAAACAAACCAGCAUUUUUUUGCACCUAUCACAGAUGUAAAUGCACACAUACUGUACACCUGUAGUGGUGCAUCUAGACUGCUGGGAACUCGGCCAACAUAAAACUGAAAGUAGCUUAUGUCUGUAGAAAGUGCCAAAACAUUGGCUAGCACAGAGACAAAUUUACUACCUCAUUUCCCUUGAAACGUUACAGACACACUUUGUUUUAUGAAGUUCCUCAUAGCCACAAUAAGUGUUCAAAGAUAUGGUAAAGUUGUGCAAACUGUCUUUUAGUGUGUACAGUAAAGAGAAGAAAGUGCACAACAAAGUCUUAAGUUCUCUGCUUCAGAUUUAUUGCUGUUCUUUAGCCGUGGAGUUGACAUCAGGGUCCAUAGGUCAGAUCUGAUUUGAAGCUGAGUAUGUUAGUGUGUCUAUCAGGUCUUUUUCCUUUUGGCUAUUCACUGUUUUUUUCACCUUUGGGCAGCAGUGUGGGAACUCAGCCAGAGCAUUAGUGUAAGGCUCUUUUGUAACAAUGUUGUAAUGCUGACUGAGCUCAGGAUUGGGUGGAGGCAACGGGUGCUGCUAAAAUUCCUGUUAGCGACAGAUUUUGAUGAAGAACAAACUCGAUUUGAUCAAGAGAGAAACCUUAAGCCCUUCCAAACACAGGGGACUGAGACUUAUGUAUGUUUCAUGGCGUCCACUUGAAGGAUUUAGCUGCUUUUAAAUGUCAGACUGAGCCUCUGAAAAGGUCAACUUAGUGUCACUUUUAGUGCAGGGAGACAUUCUGCCUGGAAGCGAAAAUUGAAAAUGCAUUGACUCUGACCCUGAUUCAACUGAUCAGUCUGCACUGAUUGAUCCGCGCCUGAUACAGUGCACCCAAUCAAUGUCAGCCAUUGUUUGAUGAGUUCGGCCUUUUCUCAGUAAUUGAUCAGGUCUAGGUCAGAUCUUAAUGUCCUCAUACAGCUCUUACAUGCUGAUAAUGACAUAAAGUGUAAACCAUAGUUUAUAUGUUGCAAGAUCUGCAAGUUUUUAGAUUCUUCUUACAAUCAAGUCUGAUUUUCUGUAACAAUCUGUGAAUAUCUUCCGUCAAUCAAUACCAUUUUGUUUUGAUUGAAAAUAAUCAUAUAAAUGUGGGUGUUGAUCACUUCAGACUCCCCUUUUUGAUUCACACUGAUUCAUCUUAUGACUCAGUUCUUCCAUGGGUGUGUACAUGGACUGUCUUGGGAAUUUGAUAACAACAAAGUGACGGCCAGUGAUAAGUAAAUUAUCAGUGUGCUGUGUUUUCCUACUGCUAUGACUGUUCGGUGGCAUUUUUCCGUCAUUUAAGCACACUUUAUUACAGUUCGCUGUCCUUAGCAGCAUUUUAAUUAUUCUUAUUGUUGCACAACACGAAUAACUCAUGACAUCUCUCACUGGCCCUGCAAGCGCAGAGGAUUGUGGGUCAGCAAAGUCAAACACAUGCCAUCUUGCAUGCUGAAUAAUGCAGAAUGUUAAAGGGAUAUUCCGGUGUAAAAUUAAUUUAGGGUCUAACACACCAUAACACCAAGUUAGAUACCCCCCGUCGAGAGAUGAAUGUUGCCGACUGCUUGCUUCUCUAGUUAUACCAACUUUAGUAAUGACCGCAGAUAGCAAUACACAGAGCUACGCGCUCAACGAAAACGCCACUGUAUAGCCACAAAUAAUGCUCAGAACAGCACCUAACUUCAUCAACUGUACAUAUAGGGUCCCAGCCAUAGCACUAGCCACCAAACAUCUUUUUAGUUUUGCCUGAUUUCUUUAGCAAAGAGACUAAACACAACUCACCGUCUCUCUCCUAGCAACCACUUCUUGUUUUUACGGAGACCUCUGGGCGAGUCCAACGACUGCAGCGGGGUGACACAGCUCAAGGAAGAACAUUUAUGAUCAUUUAUUUAUCAUUUUCUAGAGUAAUUAGCAUCAUAUGAAUCAUUUUGCACUGCAGACAAGGUAGUUCUUCUGCCUUAGCGUCUCGGUCUGAUUGCAUUUCUAUGAAGUAAGAAUCAUAAAUGAGGCAUUUUCUGUGUUUAGUGGACAUGUAUUUGGACUUCUUAAAUGUUCUGCUUUAGCAAGUAAUAGAGCAUUAUUAAGUAUCGAUAUUGAGGAUCACCCUAAAAGCCUGCACUCUUACUAGCAGCUCCAUGGGGGCUUUGGUGUGGUGUUUUGAACCAAAUGCUACAAUCAGUAUUGUAGCAGCAGCUCACAUCCACCACUGUGCCGGAGAGAAAGUUAAGGACAUGCCUCAUUCAUCAAAUUCAUCAUCCGUACACUCGAGGUGUCUGGCCUCAAAUGAACAGCUAUCUAUUAUGUGCUUGAUGUUUCAGUUUGGAUCAGAGAGGUAGACCAACUGCCAUUCAAAUCAGAGUCCUGCAGUCACUCAGCUACAACCAACUGCCUGAUUUAAAUGUCCAACAAAGUGACAGUGCCUGUCCUUCUUUUGCAUUUUGUUAAGCUUAUUGUCAAGUAUAUUUCCAUACCAAGACCAGCUGUUAUGACCUUUUUAUAAAGAGAUCAGGGAUGGACAGAGACCACAUGCUGGACACUGGCUCUCCACUCUCUUCUGUGUUGUCUGUCUCAAAGGGGCUGAGGAGAAAUUUCACGGCAUUCCAAGGAGAUGUAGUAGAUAAGGCAAGAAUAAUACAAGGCUAAGUGAGAGGAGUGGUUUUAUUACCUCACCCAGAGCCAGGCACAAUCUGUUUUUGAUAUGAAAAUCACCUGGAGCUCCACUCAAGACACCAAGGAACAGUAAGGUAGGCUGACAGGAGCUAAACCGGGAAUUCUCACUGUGCAAUUAGAGUAAGGAGUGGAUGGCAAGAGGCCAGUCUGGUCCACAAAUUAAUUUUGCUUGGCAACAGUGAUGCAGGCUAGCCGAGGGAAUGGUCUGAGUGGGCCAAAAUAAAGGGGAAGAGAGGGGAAAAUAGAUCCCUUUUAAGUUUUUGAUUUUGAAAUUGACAGAAAAGUUGGCUCAGGAACAUUUUAGGUGAAAGAACCGCUGUAAUGUGUACCAAAUUUAAGACAGUAGAAGAGGCUGCAGAGUCUUUUGUAAAAGGACAGAGUGAGUUACAGUGACUCAGAGCUCACGCCGUUCCACACUGCUGCUUUGUCCCACUCUAGCUUCCAGAGCAGGUGGGGAAAGAGCUGAUUUAAGGACUUUGGCCUAAAGAGUUCAACUGCCAUUUAAUGAUUCAAAUGGCAGGUUAAGCUACCAGCACUUGCUACCCUCAUUUCCAUGCCUGAGUGUUAUUUCAUAAUUUGGCUGUUAAAUAAUCCACCUGUCCCAACUUCUAGCUGUGGAGCCGGGAGGAGAACACACAGAUGUGUGUGUGUGUGUGACCAGACAGGAGGACAAAAUUAUCAAUAAUCAAGUACAGAGCCUUGCUACCUCAAACAUAUUGAGUGUGAUUUUAGGUGUGUAAAUGUGUGUGAGUCUGUGUGUGUGUGUGCCCAUGUGUGCAGUUGAGUCUGAAUGUGUGUCUCCUUGCAGCAGGCCUUAUUUGGCUUGUGUUUGACCAGUUACCUCCUCUCAAGUCCCAGAGGAGCUCUUGUUUCCGUCUAGCCUUGUACGGCCAUCCUCCCUCCUAAACACACCCACUGAGAGCUUAUUGGGCCACAAUUUCAUACUCUAAAUCACACACACGCACACACACAUGAAGACAAGCAAAAAACAGAAGCAAUACAUCUGGACUGUUCUAUCCACUCUGUAGCCUCUCCAUGCUCUUGUUAUUUGUGAGUGUAUGUUAGACAAAGGGAACACUACAGAGUAAUUCAACACCUCAAAGUACAGUCUAGACACACCUCUGUUUCCUGUUAGUUUAUAAAGUUUAUUUUUUCGCAUCCUCUAAUAAGAAAGUGUAGAUUUACACCGAGCAGUUGGAACUGCUGUAGAAUGGUCACAGCUGAUACAGGUGAUAAAUACUGCGAUGUGCUAAUGAAACACAUCUGCCUUUUGUGAGAAUAGGGUGCCUUUUGAAAAAGAGUCACAUCUGCUUGACAUUCUCACAAAGUGAGAAAGAGUGUGUGGUAACUACACAGUCUGUCUCUGAGGGAAAUAUGCUCAAUCUGGUCUAUUAAAGCAGACAGGCUUUGGCAACUUUUCAGCGAAAAAGUAUGCAAAGUGUCGUAAAUGCUUUUGAAGUGCCUCUGUUAUAAACCACAGAGGAAAAUUUCCUGUUAAAAAAUCAAAAGUCCAAUUCAGAGAGACUGCUAUCUUUCUCUUUCUCCCCUGUAGCCUCUUCAUGCAAACAAAACACUCUCUGCUCAGCCUUGCUGGAGUUCACCCUUUUCACCAAUCUUUUAUCACUUAAUUUAUGUGUCGCCAAAUGAGUGGUAACUUAGUAACAGAGAAGCCAGUUAUCUCAGAAGUGUAAUUUCUCACAGCAGAGAAGAAGUGUCCUUAUUUUAGCAGCAGACUGACGACAGCAUGCUGAACUGAGGCCCUUAUGUUUCCUCAUGAGGUUGAAGUUAACACAUGUCUAACUGACAACUUCCCCUCUGUCACCCUCUCUAUCUUCUCCACGCAGAUUAAGAAGCAGCAGCAGGAUGUGAUGGGCUUCCUUGCAGCGAAUAAGAUCGAAUUCGAGGAGUGUGACAUCGCAGCCAAUGAGGCAAACAGGAAGUGGAUGAGAGAGAAUGUUCCGGAGGAGUCCAGGCCGGCUACGGGCAACCCGCUCCCCCCACAGAUAUUUAAUGAAAGCCAAUACUGCGGGGUGAGUGAAACAUGUACUUAGAUCCUGUGAGUUAUUGGCACAUUAAUGUUAAUGGUAGUAUAAUAGUAAUCCUCUGAUAAGUCACUUUUAUGGGGACAUCGGUAUCAUAAAGCACAGUGGGUCUACCCUUAUUAUUUUUUUAAAGCUGUACUUAUUUUUUAAAGCCCCUCUACAUUUUUUUAAGUAAAAGAACAAAGAAAUUACUUUGCACAAUGUGAAGGCUAUCACUGAAGCUAGCCCUGUCGAUUUGAGCUCAGAUUUGUGGCUCUUACUUUACAAUUUCACUAUAAAGCGAAAUUGCUUGUUCUUACAUACUGAACCCUGCAAAGAUGUGAUUUAGGUGUCCCAGUGUGUGAUUUCACAUUGCAUUACUGCCCUGCAGAAGCACAAGAGGCAUGAAAUGUAAACAAACAGCAGGAGCUCCACAUACACACACAGCAUUGUUCUGCCCUGCUGGCUCAGCUGUUACACAUUGCUACUUUCUUCCCCUCCUUAUGCCUCUGAUUCUACCUCUGAGGGAGGAGGAACAACUUCGCCCCACCAUUCCCCCUCCAUGCUUUGCAGACGAGGAGCAACUGGGGCGUAAAUAACCUGUCUGAAAUGGCAGUUUGUAAGAGUCCCUUGCUUUAGCGUCUUACUGUCGAGGUUUAACCUCUCUUCAAUUAUUAGCUCACUCUUAUGAUUCUCAUACUGUCUUCAUUAUUAGCUGUAUGUACCCGUCCAACUUCAGCAUGUAAACCAAGUAGCAACUCAGCCGGUGAACAUUGCUAAGCAUUUAGCUGCUUAACAACCCUUAAUUUAGGGUCAAACACACUGCAACACCGAAUUAGACACCCCCUCAAGAGAUAACUUUAGUAACGACAUCACGAUAGCAAUACACAGAGGUCUAAUGAGCCAUAAACAAACCUCAACCAAAAUGUCACUCUAUAGCCACAAAUAAUGCUCAGAACAGCACCUAACUUCAUCAACAGUACAUAUAGGGUCCCAGCCAUAGUACUAGCCACCACACAUCUUUUUAACUUUGCCUAAUUUUUGUAGCAAAGAGACUUAACACAACUCACCUACUCUCUUCCAGCAGCCGCUUGUUUGUAGUGAGACCUCAGACCAGUCCAUUAUGGACUGCUGUGGGGUGACGCAGCUCAAGGAAGAACAUUUAUGAUCAUUACUUUAUGGAAAUGCAAUCAGACCGAGAUACUAAGGCAGAAGAACUACUGUGUCUGCAGUGCAAAAUGAUUAAUAUGGUGAUUAUUACUUUAAGGAAAUGAUAAAGAAAUAAUUAUAAAUGUUCUUCCUUGAGCUGCGUCCCCCGCUGUAGUCUGUAGUGGACUGGUCUGAGGUCUCACUACAAACAAGCAGCUGCUGGAAGAGAGUAGGUGAGUUGUGUUUAGUCUCUUUGCCAAAGAAAUCAGGCAAAGAUAAAAAGAUGUUUGAUGGCUAGUGCUAUGGCUGGGACCCUAUAUGUACUGUUGAUGGAGUUAGGUGCUGUUCUGAGCACGAUUUGUGGCUAUAGAGUGGCGUUUUGGUUGAGGUUUGUGCGUAGAGUGAUAGACCGCUGUGUAUUGCUACUGUGCGGUCGUUACUAAAGUUAGUAUAACUAGAGAAGCAAGCGGUCAGCAACAUUCAUCUCUCAACAGGGUGUCUAACUCGGUGUUACGGUGUGUUUGACCCAAAAUUAAUUUUAUGCCGGAAUAUCCCUUUAAAUGCAGUAACGGACAGCUGUAACGUCCCCGAGGUACUUAUUAGAGGAUGAGGGGAUGAACAAUAACAGAAAAAAAAACAAAUGAAAAGCAGAGAUUAGAAAGCAAAAAGUAAUUCUAAGACAAAGGCUGCUCUAGUGAGAUACAAAAUAAAAGGUCACAAUACACCAAAAGAACUCAGAGACACUAAGUCCCAAAACACCCCUCUGUUCUCUCUGAGAGGAGACGAGCACAGCUCGAGCCAGAGUCCACAGUCAAUGCAUGAAUUAAAGAAUCAUUUCAACUACAAGUUCUUUCUCCCUUUCCUCUCCUGCUCCUUAUAUCGCAGGUCCUGAUGAGCACUCAGCCUCUGGUGAGCUUGAUUGACUGGACUCAGGGUGAGAAUGGCGCCUUGGAGCAGGACAGGGACAGAGAGAGAACCACCUGUAACAACAGGAUUUGAUUCAUAUUUAACAUAUAUUUACACUGUACGUGCAUCAAUAGGAGUUUAGCUCUAUGUCAGCCAGGUUUGAAAAACAGAUCUUCUAAUCUAAAUUGCAGCAGCAUUUAGUUAGACCUAACAUGAAUCAACCACAAGCAACAUUUGGCAAUAGUGGAUAAACUUCCUUUUACAGGCAGAAACCUUGAGCAGCACUAGACUGGUGGUAAAAAAUACAAUACAAGAAAAAUUUAAUUGAUCCCCAAAGGGAAAUUCAUGUGUCUGGAUUCUCAUCUCAUUUAAUAUUAAAUAUUAUUUAAUAUAUUUAUUUAUUAUUAUUAUUAUUAUUAUUAUUAUUAUUAUUUAUUAAAUAUUAUUUAAUAUAUUAAAUAAUAUUUAAUAUUAAUAUUAAAUACCAAUAACUCCAGCUCAUCACUUUUGUUUGGCAGAGAAUGAAUGUUUCCAUGAAGACUGAUGAAAGAGAGGGCUUAUAUCUCCAUUCCCAAACGUUCAACUCUGCCUUCACCUGUGCACCAGCACGGCAACCACAAAAACACCUCCAGAUGUCUGCGGGAAUUGGAUGUUGCCACCCAGAUUUGCUCCGUUUCAAUGAAAAAAGCUCCUCUUCUGAAAAAACUCCUUUCCCAGAAGAAAUAUCUAUCAGAAGUGGACAAAUUAUGAUGAAAAUAUGAAAAAAAUGAGUAAGAAUUGCAGAAAAUUCAGAGAGACCAGGCUUUGCUGCUUCUUGGUUGAGUGCAGGUUCUAGGAUUGGCUUUAAAAAGGUCAUCUACACUUCAUCCGCUAAGAGUAGGCGGUGAGACAGAUGAUGCAAACAUGUGACAGCAGUGCAAAUAAUUAUGGUUAAAAUUUGUGAUUUGAGCAUUAAUAUCCAUUGAUAAUGACUGAUGAUCAUAACUGUAGCAGCUUUAGUCAAGCAGAUUCCCAGUAGCAGCUGGUAGAUCCACAGGAAUCAACCUGAACUGUCAGGGGAAGUGAUAAACUCGGAUCAAAAACAGGAUCAGAAAUCACAGCACCCACUGAAGGUAUAGGUUGUUGUUGUUCUGGCUGCAGCCCUGAACAGAUAAACACUGUCAUGUACUCCCAUUAGAAAGACUCAGGGUCUGUGGUUCGGGUGUACUGAGGCGUCCUGCUGUGCAGCCAGUUGAUGCCUGUAAGUGAGAUUGCACAUUUGGGAUGGGCUGUAUUGAAUGUCACGGACAAAGAGAACAGCAUUUCCCAGGAUGCUUGCAGCUGUGUGUGCGUGUCUCCUGGUAUGCAUGUGGGAGAAAAGAGCAAAAAACAAAAGAAAGAAAAGGUUCAAGGAAUCAGGAAGAGAAAGAGGGAGAGAAAACAGUUCUGCAGACAAAUAAACAGCAAAUGGUUGAAUGUGUUUGCUUGUUUACUCUUGGCCACAUUCUCAAAGACAAAACCCUCCUGUCAGUUUGGCCACUGAAGCCUGUCUUUGGACAAACAACACAACCCAGAUAAUGCCUGUGUCUCACAAAGAGGUCUCCAUGUGGCAGUGCUGCUCAGAUUGUCACCCUGAGGCGCUGCUCCAAACCUGAUUUCCAUGAUCAUUCUUGAGGCGAGAGCAGCUGAUUUUCCUGAUGGAUUUGCACCUGAACUUCUCUCUUUCUGUGUGUCUUUGUUUUCUCAGAAUUACGAGGCCUUUUUCGAUGCCAGGGAGGACAAUGCCGUGUAUGCAUUUCUGGGUCUGACUGCUCCCCCGGGCUCAAAGGUAAUCUUAUGAACACAAACACACUGAUGUCUGUCCUUUCUUUGAACUGCAUUCCUCCAUCCUAACCAUGUUUCCUGUAAAAACGGCUUAUGUGCCUGAAUAUAUAUUUAUCUUCACAGUGUGAUUUUCAUACAGAAAACACAUAUUACAUAAUACAUCUGUUCAUGAUAUUCAAACACCCAGGCUGGCCUCCUCUGCUUUUCCCCCUUUACUCAUGCACACUGGUGCCUCCUCUCAGCCAUUACAGGAACUGCAGGGAGGUGUGCCAGUUACCAUAGAAACAGAGGGGCUUUCCUGUAGCUGUGGCAGGGGAUUCAUAAACCAAUAUCCUCCAUUUUAACCUAACGCAAUCUUCUCCUUCUCUUCCUUUGUCUCUGUGUCUGUUUGUCUCCAGGAGGCCGAGGCUCUAGCAAAGAAAGCACAGCAGUAG